UAUUUGUGUUUCUCUAAAAGUAAAGUGGUCAAUUAGAUAAUGUACGAAACAAGGUUCCCUUCCUGAAACGCUCAUCAUCAUCAAUCGACGCCGUCCAUUGUCGCACACAGUUCCAUCAAUUAGGGCUUUCGUCAGCCGGAAUCUCCAGAGAACAAAGGCAAUUUACAGUAAUGGCAGAGACUAAACCAUUGAUAGGUCUUACGUGGGAACCAAAGCUUCCAGGCUUAUCCUUAGACACGAAAACAUGUUCCACUUCAAGCAAAAGAGUUGAGAGUCACGAAAGCAGUUCUCUCUGGAUGUCUAAGUCAGAGCUUGUUGAUGGUCUUUGUCUUCCUCCUAAUGAUCCAAAGAAGAUUAAUAAGAUGAUUAGGAAACAAAUCAAAGACACAACUGGUUCAAACUGGUUUGAUAUGCCUGCACCAACAAUGACUCCGGAGUUGAAAAGAGAUCUUCAGUUGCUUAAGUUGAGAACUGUAAUGGAUCCUGCUGUACACUACAAGAAAUCUGUGUCACGGUCAAAGCUAGCUGAAAAAUAUUUCCAGAUUGGUACAGUAAUUGAACCAGCUGAAGAGUUCUAUGGAAGAUUGACUAAGAAGAAUAGAAAAGCAACUCUUGCUGAUGAGUUGGUUUCAGAUCCCAAAGUUUCUCAGUACAGGAAGCGUAAAGUUAAGGAGAUUGAGGAGAAGAGUAGAGCUGUUACAAAUAAGAAGUGGAAGAAAAAGGGAAACCAAACCACGAACAAAAAGCAAAGAAGGAACUGAUUUACUUUUGUUAGAAUAUGAUUAUAGUUUUGGGAUACUUAUUUUCUGUUUUGAUUAGAAUAUUGAUCAUAGUAUCGGGACACACUUUCUGUUGGUGCUAUAGAUUCACCUUACCCUGUAAUGACUCUUGUUGUUUUAUGGGCUUCGAUUAAAGGAUUUCUGUUAUCGGUUAAGCGAUGUUAUUUUGAAAAUGGUGGUUAUGACACAUCAAAACCAAACCAUGUAAAGAGCUACUAACUGUGAAAAUGGUUUAAGCAAGUAAAAAU